AUGUCGACGCGAGCACUACCAAUACCGACAAUCCCGCCGCCCAACAUGAUGGCCGCCGUCCUGCCACCGCAAGUCCAUACACUGCCCCAUCGCCUCGCCGCCAAUGAAGGCCAUGUCCCCGAAUCACAACUAGGAUGGCUCCGCCCAACAACCAUGGACACACCCCUCUCAGUAAUGCGCCACCGCCUCCAAACCGACAAGUAUCUCUUCCUCAAAGGGGUCAUCCCCCGUGAAGACGUCCUCGCGAUGCGCGCCCACUACUUCUCCCAGUACAACACCACCGAUCUCCUCGACCCCUCACAACCUGCAUCCCUCGGAAUCUUCAACCCGUCCGCCUCACCGUCCUCGCACGCCGGCAUCGGCUCCGGCUCUAAUCCGGCCGCUGACGCCGAACUCCAAAUCCUCAUCAACGCACACACCACGCCCCAAUACCGCGAUGGUCCGCAAUCUCGUGUCCUGGGACUCGGAAGAGAUAUGCUCCGCCACAACGUCCCCGGCGGGAAGUCGACGGGCGUGCACUACGACAAGCUAUUUCUCCGUGGCGGCGACGCGUUCUUCUUGACUGCUUGGGUCCCGAUCGGUGAUAUAGCCUACAACGGUGGCGGGCUGAUCUACCUCGAGGACUCCGCUGAGCUGGGCGAAGCCAUCGAGGAGGACUUCACCCGCCGCGCAGAGGCUGGGCAAUUCAGCGAGGAGGAAAAAAUUUCUGCCUUCAACAAGAACAUGUCCGCAACGGGCAUCCUCAGCGAUAACCCAACGGUGUUCCACGCCAAGCACAAGGAGAUAGCGGAGCGGAUUCGGCGCGAGCGGAAAGGGUAUAAAUGGUUGACGGCGGAUUACGAGGCGGGGGAUGUGGUGUUUCACUACCCCGGGACGAUCCAUGCCAGCGGGCGGAACGAGGAUCCCAAGGGCCGGAUCAGAUUGAGUACGGAUCUGAGGUUCUAUAGUAAGGAGGACUACGAGCGAGGGGCCACAGACGAGCGGUGGGGAAAAUUCUGGGUGGCGGAUGAUGGGCUCUGA